AUGGCAAGCUGCUGCUGCGGCGGCGGGGGAAGAGGCGGCGGUGGCGGCUCUAGGGGCUCGGCCGGGGGCUCGUCGUCGCUGUGCCUGCGGCUGGGCCGGGAGCAGCGGCGCUACUCGCUGUGGGACUGCCUGUGGAUCCUGGCCGCCUUGGCCGUGUACUUCGCCGACGUGGGCACCGACAUCUGGCUGGCGGUAGAUUACUACCUGCGGGGCGAGCGCUGGUGGUUCGGGCUGACCCUCUUCUUCGUGCUGCUUGGCUCCCUCUCCGUGCAGGUGUUCAGCUUCCGCUGGUUUGUGCACGACUUCAGCACCGAGGACAGCGCCGCCGCCGCCGCCGCCGCUGCCGGCCGCUGCCCGGCCGCCGAGAGCAAACUGCUGGUGAGCAGCGGCUCGGCGGCCGGGGACAUGGACGCCCCUCGCCCCUGCACGCCGCAGAGGCAGGCGUCCAACGCCAGCAAAAGCAACGCCACCACGGCCACCAACAGCAGCAACAGCAGCAGCACCAGCGGCGGCAGGGCCGGCAAGAGCAGGUCGGCUUCCUGCGCCUUCUGCAUCUGGCUCCUGCAGUCCCUCAUCCACAUCCUGCAGCUCGGGCAGAUCUGGAGUGUGACAACCAUGCAAAAAGUAUUGGUAACUGCCUCUGGAGAACUGGCUGUUGCAGUGCGUUCAGGUGAUUUGGAUGGCUGUAUCAUUGUGUAUGGCUCUAGAGGAG